UCCUAUAGCGCUCAGAGGCUCCAGUGCGGUUCAGAGUUUCAGAUGAACGCAGGAUGAGAUGCGGGACAGAGUCACUUUCACAUCUUCUGGAGGGUCGAUAAAAAAGCAGAGACCACCGGAAACGUCUUAAUGCAAAGGGAGACGAGCUGAAAUUUUGCAGCAUGGGCAACUACCCUGGGAAAGAGCGGCACGGAUCCGCAGGUACAGCUGACGCAUUUCAGACACCUCCUACAUCCCCGAUCGAUCACCUCUCUCCUGUGUCACCUGAUUAUGCACAACCUCUCUCCAGCCCCACAAGCCCAGAUCAUAACCCCUGUCUUGAGAGAACACCCUCUCUCACCACAACUGCCCCGAGUAGCUGUCUGUCAUCAGCCGGAUUCGGACACGAUUACAGAAACGCUCCUGUAUCUCUGAAAACGGCUGGAAACAGUCCCACUAUCCCCUGUAAACGGAGGCAGAAUUCAACAUCCACCUCACCUGUGCAGGUGGAACCUCCACCAUGUGGGUGGGUCAGUGUGGGAGGGGUAAACCAGGAGCUUCUGCAGCAGUGUGUGGUCUCGUUAGGGCUCUGUGGGACGGAUGAGAGGACACACACACUGUCAGAUCUGCUGCAGUGCUUUCUGACUGAGAGAGAGCAAAUGAAGGAUGAGCUGCGGAGUCUGAAGGAAAAACUGCAGACAGAGCGUAGCGACUGGCUGCAGUUCCAGUCUGACCUGCAGGUGGCGCUGGUGGUGGCUGACCGGCUGAGAGCUGAAGCCGAUGAAGAGCUGAAUGCGCUCCGAGAAGCGCGGGAGGACUGGGAGAGGCAGCUGACCGACUCUAGGCAGGGCCAGCGAGAGGUCGAAGGUCAAGUAGAGCGCUUAAAAGCAGAGCUGGAGCAAAGCAAAAAAGGACUCAACCAAAGGUCAGAAACUCCCAGCCAGCAGGGGGCGACAGAAGGGGGUGCAAGGAGCACUGUGGAGAAAUGGGGGGGUGAGAGAAGGAUGGGAGAGGAAAAGAGAAAAGAGAAAGUGGCGGGAACUACAGAUAUAAUAAAAAAACAGUCCACGUCCCCCACCAGCCUAGUGAACGGUACAUCCCAGAUUACUUUAACACCGAUCACAAGUCCUGUGAACAAAAACGAUCCAAAACGAGAGAGGAUGCAUGUGGACCAGCAGGACAACCGGAUUAAUUCAUAUAAAGAUAAAAAGGAGGACAAUCCGUUUUCACACUCGUCUCCUGUUAUAGACCUUUCUCCAAACAAACCAAGCAAGAUGAAGCCCCAGGAGGACUUCAGUAAGCUGCUCAGACGUCACGGUGGAUCCAAACGCAACUCUCUACUGCGCUGGUGUCAGAACCGAACCAGCGGUUAUAAGAACAUCGAGAUCACCAACUUCAGCAGUAGCUGGAUGGACGGCUUAGCUUUCUGCGCCGUGUACCACAGUUACCUCCCUUCACACAUCCCCUACGACACACUGCGACCGGACAAUAAGAAAGAAAACCUCUUGCUGGCCUUUCAGACUGGAGAGAGUGUGGGAAUCACUGCAUCACUGACCGCAGACGAGAUGCUGAAGUCCGAAGGCCCCGACUGGCAAAGGGUUCUGGGAUACGUGGAGAGCAUUUACUCCCAUUUUGAGAUGUGACCUAUGGAACAUUUUCUUAUCCUCCUUUUUUCUUCUGGAGUCAUUCGAAUCUGUUGCAAACGUCUUCUCACAGCGAGGGCUUCACUUUUAAGCUCCACCUUGUGUCAUCAUCUGGAGUGACAGCGUCGAGACAUGCGAGUACCUGAUGUGGAGGUCAUUUCAAAGAUUAUUUCCAAAGAUCGGGACUCGAGCAGACAGGAGGAAAGUAUAAAACUGAAAGACUUCGCAGAGAAAUAAUGAAAAGCAGGUUAUCUGUAAACAGGAAGUAGAAAUGAGUAGAAAAUGAGCUGGUGUUGUGGCCAUGGCAACCGUCAAGGGGCGUGACAUGGAAUUACCACAAAUUUUGGUUUUACAAAUAAUGCAGGUUGAUAUAAGGUGACGACAAUAAAGUCGGUUAAUGUUACUGAAAAAAAUAAAUCUGCGUAGCAUCAUAGAUUCAAAUAUAUCUGCGAACUUGAUCCUAUGACAUCACAUCAGUAGCAUUAGCAAGACUAAAGAGUUAGUAAGACUUUGCAAACAUAAGCAUAGGGCUGCGUAUUAGAUAUCUUGCAACCUUAUCUGAUGAUUAGCAUCAUCGCCACCAUCACCACAAUUGUCAAUGUCAUUCAUUUGGCUGAUUAAAUGUGACAUAAAUCUCACUCUGACUCCGAGGCACCAGCGACUUCGUAAAAUCAGUCGUUUCUGGCUCUAGUUUCCUGUAUAAAAGCUGCCGUUUGGAAGUAAUGAGGUUUUAUAAGUCACUCUCUGGUGUUUUCAGAGACAUGAGAACUGAUAAGAAUCUUCAAGUAUCAACAAGUCAAGGAUUUCUGGAUUUCAGUCAUGACUCAGUGGUGUUAUUUACACACUCUUCUCCUCGCCCAAGAGCGAGAGCGCUGCCGUCGGACUCGUUUCACUGAAAAAAAAACUCAACAAACAAAUUUGUUUUUUUUUGUUUUUGUUUUUUUCAGUUAUAAGGAUCUCCAAAUUUUACUUCAUGUCUGGCUUUUGUAGCAUGCGUGUUUUGUUGUACGUUGUGUGGUUUUCCACAGAAACGGACGGAAUGUGUCGUGUUUAGAUAAACAGCAUUUUACAGAAAGACUUUUGUGUGGCGUUUCUUAAUUUUUUCAUCUUCAAAAAAAAUAAAAUAAAAUCAACAGCGUUAUUGCUGACAGUGUGACAGUGUAUUAACAAACCAUCAUGUGACUGUUAAAGUGCCUUUAAUGUGAGAUAUAUAUACUGUAUAUAUAUAUAAACUUAAGUCUUGUGCCAAAGUCAAUAACAUUAUUAAUAAAGAAAUAUUUUCUUUA